AUGGUGAUUGUACUGCAAGAUUCCUUAAUGACUGGGCAGCUGCUGCAGCUGAUUCUCCUCCACACAGCCUGGGAAAUGGGGAGCGGCCAGCUCCAUUAUUCAGUGUUGGAGGAGUCCCAGCAUGGGACCUUCGUGGGCCGCAUCGCCCAGGACCUGGGGCUGGAGGUGAAUGAACUGAUGCCUCAGACAUUCCGGAUGGAAUCCCAUGGUGAUGAGGACUAUUUCAAGGUAAAUGAGCAAAACGGAAUUUUGUUUGUCAAUUCCCGGAUAGACAGGGAGCAGCUGUGUGCUAAGAGCCCCGUCUGUUCUGUUCAUCUAGAGGUGAUUGUGGAUAAACCCCUGAGAGUCUUCCAUGUGGAAGUAGAGAUUGCAGAUAUCAAUGACAAUGCUCCCAUUUUCUCUGCCAGAGAACAGAAUAUAACUAUUUUAGAAUCAAGAGUUCAAGGCUCUCAUUUCCCAAUAAAGGAUGCUUUGGAUGCAGAUAUUGGUAUGAAUGGUCAGGUGACCUACAAGCUCACCCCCAGUGAACAUUUCUCUGUGGAAGAGAUUACAAAUUAUGAGCAGAGUAAAUCUUUGGUUCUGGUGCUGAAUAAACCACUGGAUCGUGAAGUAUGCCCAGAACAUCAUGUAUUGCUUACAGCAACAGAUGGUGGACAGCCAGCAUUUAGCAGCACAGUCCUGCUGGUUGUCACAGUGGUGGAUGUAAAUGACAAUGCACCAGUGUUUAAUCAGUCAGUAUACAAAGUCCAGUUAAUGGAAAAUUCCCCAAUUGGAACAUUAAUUAUUAAGCUGGAGGCAAAGGAUAUAGAUGAUGGAAUCAAUAAGGAGAUAGCAUAUUCAUUUAGUAAUCUUGUUAUUCCCAGUAUAAAGGAAAAGUUUAGGAUAGAUCCUGAAAAUGGAGAAGUAAGGGUGAAAGGAAAUGUGGACUUUGAAGAGAACACUGCAUAUGAUAUUCAGGUCGAAGCAACAGAUAAAGGUGCAUAUCCUUUGUCUGGCCAUUGCAGAAUUUUCAUUGCUGUGUUGGAUGUGAAUGACAAUACCCCUGAGAUGUCACUGAAGUCUUUAUUAGUGCCCGUUCAGGAGGACUCAGCACUAGGAACAGUGGUUGCACUGAUCAGCCUGACAGAUAAAGACUCUGGAGCGAAUGGGCAAGUGAAUUGCUCCAUGAGCCCAGCCAGGAUUCCAUUCAAGCUGGUGUCAACCUUCAAGAACUACUAUUCACUAGUUGUGGCAGAACCCCUGGACCGGGAGCAAGAAGCAGAAUACAAGCUAGUGGUAAUAGCUGAGGACCAAGGAACUCCAACACUGUCAGCCAGUAGCAGCUUGGUGGUAUCCAUUGGUGAUGUGAAUGAUAAUGUACCCACUUUUGCGCAGCCCUUCUACACAGUCUUUGUGAAGGAGAACAACCCUCCUGGGGCUCACAUCUUCACAGUGUCUGCCUCAGACCCAGAUGUGGCCGAGAACGCCUUGGUCAGCUACUGGCUGGAUGAGAAGCUCUGGCCGCUGUCGAGCUACAUCUCGGUGCACUCGGAGAGUGGGAAGCUGUACGCCCUACAGCCCUUGGAUUACGAGGAGCUGAAGCUGCUGGAGUUCCAGGUGAGGGCCAAAGAUACAGGGCUGCCCUCCUUGUGUGGCAAUGUGACCGUGCAAGUGUUCGUGGUGGAUGAGAAUGACAACGCACCGGCAGUGUCUGGUCCAUCCCAGGAUACCCCCAUUAUGCUGAAGGUCCCAGUGGCAGCUGGACAUGUGGUGGGCAAGAUCCAUGCCUUGGAUGCUGACUCGGGCUACAAUGCCUGGCUGCGCUAUGAAUUGCAUGAUGCAGCCAGUGGCCCAUGGCGGGUGGGGCUUUACAGUGGAGAAAUCAGCACCACACGCAGAUUGGAUGAGGCAGAUGGUGGAAGCAGCGAGAAUUUGGUGGUUUUGGUGAAGGACCAUGGCAAGCCAGUAUUAUCAGCCACAGCCACACUGAGUUUAUCACUGGUAGUGAGUGCCCAGGCUAUUCAGGCUGAUGCUCUUCUUCCUGGGAUGAGAGGGAGCUCAAAUCCUGUAGUGAACAGUGUCAACAUCUACCUGAUCAUUGCGAUCUGCUCAGUAUCCAGUUUGUUUCUGCUGGUGAUUAUUGUAUACGUGGCUCUGAGGUGCCAGAAUCCACCUAAGGAGGCAGUGAUUUAUGGGCCUGGCACAGCGACACUGGUGUGCACUAGUGAAGCGGGUAGCUGGUCAUAUUCCCAGCGCCAAAGUUGCAAUCUGGGUGGUGCGGCUGGGGAGGCUGGCAUGAAGAGCGACCUCAUGGUUUUCAGCCCCAACAUCCCCGUCUUUUCAGAGAAUGGGAAACCUCUCGAUCUGCUCUGUGCUACGGUCAGUGAAUUUUCUUUUCAGCUUGUAUGA